UUGUUGUGGGGUUAGAGGAGGUGGGGUUGGCCAAAAAUUGAUUCUUGAACUUGGGAUUUAGGUUUGGUUGAAGAAAUUUAAUCUGUGUUCUUGAAUUCAUUAUUGUACUUGAUUCUCAAUUUUGGAGGUGGAGGGGUUGUACUAUACUGGAUUCUUUAUCUUGUUGAAACAAAAAAAAUUGGAUCUUUUCUUUUAACUGAAUAUUUCUGAAGGCCUUGUAAAUGUUGCUGGGUAAAUUGAGUUAAGUUGGGUGCUACGUAGGUGAAAUUUGCUAUUACUCAUCAUGGAAAGUUUAAUGAAAGAGUAUGCUGCUUUUGAAGAGAAAGUAAAGCGUACUAUACUCAUUGACAGCCUUUCACCUGCGGCUACUGAAGCUGUCGUUAGAGCUUCACUUGAUCAAUUUGGGAAUGUCAUUCAGGUCAAGUUUAUCCCAAACUACCUUGAACCAAAGACCGUUGGACUAUCUGCAUUGGUUGAGCUGGAAAACGCAGACCAGGCGAAAACUAUAAUCUCCGAGAUAAGCAGUUCCUCAUUUAUGAUCUGUGGCAUGCCAAGGCCUGUCAGGGCACGUGCUGCUGAAGUAGAGAUGUUCGAUGACCGUCCUAUAAAACCUGGUAGGAAGAUAGUAUGCCGAUGGUUGGACUCCAGUGAUCCUGAUUUUGAGGUCACCGAGAAGAUCAAGCAUUUGGUUAGCAAACAUGCAGAAGAAGCCAAGUUUUGCCUCAAGCAUCAACUAGAGGAGGAGGAGAAUCUUGCGAAAAAACAGACAGAGAUCUUGAACGCAGCGUAUAAGAAGUAUGAACUCAUAGACAGUGUUGUUGGCAACAGAGUCGUUGAACGUUUGUCUGAACGUUACAGAGUGCACGUUGCAAAUGCUGAACAGCACUAAACUCGUCUGUCCAACGCUAUGCACAAGAAACUAACAUAGACCUAAUGAUUUUGCUUCCUUGCGAUCGAUUGACAUGUUUUGCUUUUUUGUGAAAGAUCAUAUUUCAGGCAGUUGAGAGAGCUCACUCUAUAAAAGCUUGUGUAGUGUUUGGUUGAUCUUGAAUUUAUGUUUCUAGUAAACCUGCAAAAUAUUACUUAAUACUACAUGUUAUGUUGUUGCUAGA